CAAAAAUAAAUUAAAAAAAUUCUCAUUUUCUCAAAAAACAUACCACUACCACCAGAAAAUCACAUAACAAUGGAGUACAAUGAAAUCAUCACGAAAGGGUCUAGAGUAGAAGUAAGCAGUGACGAACCUGGCUUCGAGGGUGCAUGGUAUACUGCCACCAUAGUUGACAUAGUUGACAAAACACCCAUAAAAAACAACCACAAAAAAACACCUAAGAAAAGAUUUAACAAAAACAACACCAAAAAAACAGGGUAUAUAGUAAAAUAUGACACAUUAUAUGAAGAAGAAGAUACAAAUGAUAAUUUAUGUGAGACUGUUAAGCCUAAGUUUGUAAGACCUAUACCUCCUCCCAAUGGGGUGGUGGAUGGUGAUGACUUUAAGGUGGGUGACAUCAUAGAUGCUUACCAUAGGGAUGGAUGGUGGAUUGGGGCUAUAAAGAAAGUUUCAAUUGAUGUUGAAGAAAAUCGGAGGACAUAUUUGGUUAGCUUUGAGAACCCACCCGAGGAUGUUGAGUUUGAAAAAGAUUUGUUGAGGAUUCAUGUUGACUGGGUUGACUCUUCUUGGAAGGCCCCCCUCAAAAACAAAAAGACAUCCGAGCAUGUAUCAGUUGAUAUAAAUGUGACACAUACAGCUGAAUCCAUCAAUGAUGCUCAAUCUGGCUUUACCACGCCUUAUGAAGCAGCCAGACAAACUGCUAAGGAGAACACCAGUACCGGCUGCCUUUCUUCUCCUAGAAAGAGGAGUCGAUUACAACAAAAUAACGAAAGUAAUUCUGAAAUGAUUAAGGCAGUGGAGGGUGCAGCCCCUUAUGACUUAAGGAAAACCAAGAGUAGAAUUGAGAAUUCGGUAGGAGCAAAGUUAAGCGGUGACAGAUCCCGCGCUUCAGCAGGUAUAGGUGUCAAGAGAAAGAAAACAGUUCAGGUGCAUGUGAUGGAAAGAAGCGGAUCUCAAGCUAUGCAUCAAGAUUCCCCUAUUCUCACUGCAGAAAAUUCUGAAGCAGAGGAAGGUCAGAGCCGGCAGAGAACAAAGAAGGGAAGACUACUACUGUUGGAGGAAACUUCGAAGACAGGGGAUCACCAAACGCUUAAGAGUCCUAAUGGUUUACAAGAAGACGAAGGUCAGAGCCAGCAGAGAACAAAGAAGGGAAGACCACUACUGUUAGAGGAAACUUCCAAGACGGGGGAUGGCCAGAUGGUUAAGAAACCUAAUGGUUUACAAGAAGAAAAUCGAAAUGCAAGGAACUUGGAUUCUUCUACUUUCAAUGUAGCCACUUCUGAUAUGGAUGACAUGCCUCUAUCUAUCUGGUAUCAAGGGCUGCGUCCUCACUCAGUUUUGAAUAGGAGUCAAGCCAUUGUUAGCAAUGUUAGAACCAACAAUGAGCAACAAGUUUGGCCUUUUGUCAAACAGUCUUUCUGUUGGGCCACCAUUGAAUCUAUGGAGUUACACCAAAAGCAAAAACCACAUUUCUCCCCUCUGAAGAAAAUGAAAGAGGGUUGUCGUGAGGGUUACGCUCUAGCGCACAUAUUGACAUUUGAAAAUGUUGUUCGGGAUGUUUUGAAUUACCAGCCGAGUAAUACUAUUGAGAAGAUCAAUGACAGUCUUGAACUUUUAGAUGAGCUUGAACCUCACGGGUUUGACGUAAGUGCUGUUCGGGGUCGUUUAAACACGUUUCUGAGCUCGAAAGUCAAAGUUGGAGAAUUUAAGGAAGAGUUGAAGAAAUUUGAGAAUGACAUCGAGAUUUGCAAUGCUGAAAAAAGGGCUGCUGAUGAAGAGUUGAAUGAAUUGGAAGUGAAAAUUCGGGAAUUGCAAGAAAAGAUGGUGCGAAAUGUGAAAUUGAAGGCGCUGAAGGAUGAGGAUAUUAAGAGGUUGAAGUCAAAUGUGGAUAUCAUUGCUAAUAAAAUCACAAAAGCGGAACUUGCCAUCAAAAAAUUUGCAGCCACGCCAUUGUAAGUAAGCAUGGUCUUAGGGUUAUGUUAAUGGGAGUCGGAGGAAUCUACUUUUGAUGCCAGACUUCACCAACUAAACACAAACUUAUGUUAUUAUCAUAUCUACUAGUAUUACCAUUUUGAUGUGAAGAACUGCUGGCUUCAUUUAGUGUCCUUGUAGCUAGCUAACUGAAUAUGGACCCUUUCUCCAUCCUAAUUCUAAUGUGAAGAACUACUACUUGUUUA